AUGCCCGCCGACCGAAACCACCACCAACACCAACCGACCAAUAUAUCGUACUCACUGUCUUCUUCAACCUCUUCAACGAUAUCCAACUCAUCUGCAACCUCCGCAAGCUUCGAUCAGGAACAGCUAUCCAACCAAACCCACCAUCAUGACAGCUUGAUACAACACGAACGAGAACACCAGCAGAGAACUGAUGAAAAUUCGAACACCCCUGCAGCUUAUGCCGAUCAGAAAGACUCACCGACAAAAAAGCAGAAAGCAAAACGAUUUGUUAGUCGACCCCUUCAGCGUAAUCAAGCUUGCUCGACCUGUCGCAGUCGCAAAGUUCGAUGCGAUGCACAGAAACCGGCUUGUGGAGCUUGUAAAAGGAGUGCAGCCGCUCAUGGUGAAGAUCCAACCAUCGUCAUCUGUCAAUAUGAGGUCGAUGACAACUUUCUAGAUAGCGAGAUCUAUUCUGACACCAAUCCCCCUGUUGAGCUCACACGCCCCCCUGUUCGGAAACCAUUGGCAAAAAUUGCCGCCUUGGAACAGAAAAUUGCCGAAAUGGAAACCUUGAUCUCUCAACUUGAUCUGUCUCUCAAUUCACAUCCUCAGCCAUCUUCGAUUGCUUGCUCUGGGCCCAGCUCCCUUCCAUCAAUCUCUGCCGGAACAUCAAACGUGACAAUACCUUCAAUCCCACAGCCCUCUGCAAAUCCCAUGGAAGUUGUCUGGACAAACUGGCCUAGCUGUCUUCCGCCCCGCCGGAUGAUCAGCCAUUUGGUCAAGCUCUAUUUCAGUCUCCAGUCAGGUGCUGGUCAACUGAUGUUCAUCGAACCUGCUCACUUACUUGCUAGCCUUCAUCUACCACCCAGUCACCCAGAUUUCCCAUUUGUUGGGUUACUUCAAUCAAUCAUGGCCGUUGCCUAUCAACAAUCCGUUUCCGGAAACCCCGAUCAGUUUGCUUUUAACUUAUUACGUGUCUGUAACAUCAAACGAUACUGGCCGAUGGACUCGACCGUACAUCAUUAUCAUGCCAACUGCGCGAAAGAAGCCAUCGAUCAGGCUUUGUUCAGCGGGACCCAUCUCUUUCAAGUCACACAGUCUUUGAAUGUUUACUGUUACUACGCCUAUGGAGCUGCACAACUGGUUCAAGCAUGGGUUUGCAGCGGCUUGGCUAUUCAAUUUGCAACACCGCUUGGCUUGAACCAAAUUGAGAAAUGUCAAGAACAUCUUGAUCGGACUAAACCGAAGCCUCGAUCACUCCUUCCGGGACCACGUACAAUCACAGAAAAAUAUCAGCGUGCUGUCACCUUUUGGCUAGCAUUUCAGAUGGAUCGGUUCCUAUCAGUCUCGGCCGGACGCCCGCAUUCGAUAUCGGAGUCAGAUAUUACCACUUUACUUCCAGCCAAACCUGGAACAAGUCAAGCCACGAUCGGAGUUGUUGAUUUGGCCACAAAUACUCUCUCAAUCUCUCAUCCAAACUUCUUCAGCUCCCAUCCUUAUGAUGUCGAUGAAUUCCAGUUAGAAUUGAAAGCUACAAUCCUUCUUGGCCGAGUAUCUGAUUGGUUGAUACGGGCCCCCGAUCCAGUAGGAUUCAAUUUACAGAAGUAUUGGAAGAUGCCAGAUGAACCUAUACCGGAUCUCCGCUUUCAGCCUGCUUUUAUGCAGUUAGAUCAAGAUAUCACUACAUUCCAGAUGUCGCUACCGCCGAAAUUUCAUCAAACGAUCUUCGAAGGGGAAGGGAGGAAAGUCUCGCAUAGCAAAGUGAUGAUUCUAUUGAUCAUCAAUUUGGGUAUGAUAUUACUACAUGAAUGUUUCAUCACAAAAGAAGCUUUCAACCUUAGUUUCGAACGUUGUUUGCAAGCUGCGAGUAAAAUUAAGUGGGUUGGCGAUUUGAUAUUUGGAUCUGGUUACGAUUCCAGAUUGCUACAUCCCUUUACAAAUUAUUGUUGGGCAAUAGCAGCUAGGGUGAUGACGAGAAGACUAGUACAAAAUGAGAUCAAGCUGAUGGAAUUAGCAACGACGGCCACAUCUUCACCCCCGAAUCAACAAUCGAACUCAUCGAUGGAUCAUCGCCAUCAAUCUGUGAAUGAACUCGAUAGAACUCGUAUGGCUGACUUGCUGAAAGCUGAGGAGGAACAAGUCAAGCAAAACCUGAUCGAAAUCGAGAGCCUAUUGAUGUUCAAUCACAAGAUUCAGAAUCGACAUUCGAAAUUUAACCUGAGUUUUCAUCUUCACAAUCCUUUGGAUCAUCAGCAACCAACACAUCAACCAGUAAUUCAACAACAAUCACUUCGCCAGCAACCGCAACAAGUCCCAAAAGCCUCGAUGUAUCAGCAACCAUCCAGCAAGGUUCAGCCAAAUUGGGAUUUAGGAUUUGACAGAAGAGAUGACCAAAAUCUUCGCAGGAGUGAUGAUUUAGCGGACGAUUUUGAUCAGCAUCGCCAAUCAAAUCACAUUAAUCAACCGAUUCAUCACGAAAGAGUCUUCGACCCGAUGACUAGCUAUCGUCACCCAGAUGGUGAUAGUCGGCAUCUCAAUCCGCUGAACCUUGGCGAAAAUAAUCAUCAACUCGAGAUGGGCAGAAAUAUCCAUCAAUUCAAUCAGUUAAAUCCCAUCCAACUUCUCGAUCAAACAGUACCUGAUCAUUUUCAUAAAAGCAAACCUCGAAACCUGCCGAAUACGAAUGCCCUAAAUUCUGAUACAAUACCAACAUUUAGUGAAUCUUCUGGCUUCGACGAACCUGGUUUAAAUCAAAUUUACUUCGAUCAACUGAUUGCUUUGUUUCAAAUUCGCUUUCAAGCUUUUCGGUUGCCUGACUCUUUAUCUCGAGUAGUUCUAUGA